UCCCGCGGCCCCCGCUGCCCGCCCCAGGCUCGGUGUAUGAGGCCGCGGCCCGCCAACCUUCGCUGAGACCGUCCCCGGGGUGCGGUGGCCUCGGGCUCCAGAGCACGCCCCGCCACCCGAGGGCUGCGCGUGGCCCCGGGCCUGCUCGCCGGGCGACUCCGCGCGUCCCGGGCCAGGAAGUGGCGGCGCCGAGCGCCAUGGCCCACUCCCCGGUGCAGUCGGGCCUGCCGGGCAUGCAGACCCUGAAAGCAGACCCAGAAGAGCUUUUUACCAAGCUGGAGAAAAUUGGAAAGGGCUCCUUUGGUGAGGUGUUCAAAGGCAUCGACAAUCGGACUCAGAAAGUGGUUGCCAUAAAAAUAAUUGAUCUGGAAGAAGCGGAGGACGAGAUAGAGGACAUUCAACAAGAGAUCACAGUGUUGAGCCAGUGUGACAGUCCGUACGUCACCAAGUAUUAUGGAUCCUAUCUCAAGGAUACUAAAUUAUGGAUAAUCAUGGAGUAUCUCGGUGGAGGCUCUGCCCUGGAUCUGUUAGAACCUGGCCCUUUAGAUGAAAUUCAGAUUGCAACCAUUCUACGAGAGAUUCUGAAAGGACUUGAUUAUCUACACUCAGAGAAGAAAAUCCACAGAGAUAUUAAAGCGGCCAAUGUUCUGCUCUCUGAACAUGGAGAGGUGAAGCUGGCUGACUUUGGAGUGGCUGGCCAGCUGACGGAUACCCAGAUAAAAAGGAACACCUUCGUGGGCACUCCCUUCUGGAUGGCGCCUGAGGUCAUCAAGCAGUCAGCCUACGACUCAAAGGCGGACAUCUGGUCCCUCAGCAUCACAGCCAUAGAACUGGCCAAAGGCGAGCCACCACAUUCCGAGCUGCACCCCAUGAAGGUGCUGUUCCUCAUCCCAAAGAACAACCCUCCCACGCUGGAGGGCAGCUACAGCAGGCCCCUCAAGGAGUUCGUGGAGGCCUGCCUGAACAAGGAGCCCAGCUUCAGGCCCACUGCUAAGGAGUUAUUGAAGCACAAAUUUAUAAUCCGCAAUGCAAAGAAAACGUCCUACCUGACUGAGCUCAUCGACAGGUACAAGAGGUGGAAGGCGGAGCAGAGUCACGAGGACUCCAGCUCGGAGGACUCGGAUGUGGAGACAGAUAGCCAGGCGUCUGGAGGCAGCGACUCUGGGGACUGGAUCUUCACCAUCCCGGAGAAAGACCCCAAGAAUCUGGAGAACAUAACUCUUCAGCCCUCAGAUUUGGAAAGAAAUAAGAUGAAAGACUUCCCAAAGAGGCCCUUCUCUCAGUGCUUGUCCACAAUCAUUUCUCCUCUGUUUGCGGAGCUGAAAGAGAAGAGCCAGGCGUGUGGAGGGAACUUGGGGUCAAUAGAAGAGCUGCGGGGAGCCAUCUACUUGGCGGAAGAGGCCUGCCCUGGGAUCUCCGACACCUUGGUGGCACAGCUUGUACAACGGCUGCAGAGAUAUUCUCUGAGCGGUGGAGGAGCCUCAGCGCACUGAAAGCCCAUGGCGUCCCGGUUGGAUUUUCCUUUCUUCUUCAUCUUCCUUCUUUUUAAAAGUCAACGAGAGCCUUUGCCGACUCUGCGAAGAGGUGUCACGGAGGGGCCCACCCUCCCCUAGCGCCGGCACCUAUCCAGGGACAGCCUCGUCAUGCCACAGCCAGAUGGAG